GCCAAUCACACGGCGACUUGCCACAACACAAGCGCGAAACGAAAGCGUUGCGACGCUGGUGCGGAAUCAACCGGCGGUGUUAACGGGACGAGAAAUGGACCUGUCGCAGAAGAGAAAACGAAUAAGCCACGAAUUAACCAACUCACAGCCCUCCAGGCGCGAAGCGGCACCGUCCUGCAGCACAAAUGGCCAAGCGGGAGGUUUCGUGGAGGGCUCUAUCCUCCGCAUCACCAUGCGCAACUUCCUCACGUACGACCACUCGGAGGUUUUCCCGGGACCCAAGCUGAACAUGAUCGUGGGGGCCAACGGCACAGGGAAGUCCAGUAUAGUGUGCGCCAUCUGCCUGGGCCUGGCGGGGAAAACAGCCGUCCUGGGCCGAGGAGACAAGGUUGGUCUGUAUGUGAAGCGAGGGUGCAGUAAGGGUUCAGUUGAAAUUGAGCUAUACAGAGCGAGUGGAAACUUGAUAAUCACCAGAGAGAUCCAGGUUGAGAACAACCAGUCGACAUGGAUGCUCAAUAAGAAGCACUCCAGUCAGAGGGCUGUGGAGGAGGCCGUGAAAGAGCUGCACAUUCAGGUCGGGAACCUGUGUCAGUUCCUACCACAGGAGAAGGUUGGUGAGUUUGCUAAGAUGAGUAAGAUCGAGCUUCUGGAAGCCACUGAGAAAUCCGUCGGCCCGCCAGAAAUGUACGAGUUUCACUGCGAACUCAAGACGUUUCGCAGCAAGGAGAGGGACCUGGAGAAUGUGUGUAAGGAGAAAGCCAACUUCCUAGAGAAGGCCAGACAGAGGAAUGAGAGGAACAAACUGGAUGUGGAGCGCUACUACAUGAAGAAGAGACACUUGGACAGGAUCCAGAUGCUAGAGAAGAAGAAGCCCUGGGUGGAGUAUGAAACGGCACGUAAAGAGCUCGAGGGGGUGAAGAAGGAGAGAGAGGAAAUGAAAAAGAAGCUGAAGUCGCUAAAAGAAGCUCAGGAGCCGCUACUCAGGAAGAUCCGCUCGGUGGAGAGUCAGCUGCAGCCCAUCGAGCAGCAGAUGAAGGAGCUGACUGCCGGUAUCAGAGACGCAUCGCAGAAAUGUAAGCAGAAACAUGAUCAGCUGGAAUAUAGGAAUAAAGAGGUUGAUGACAUCAGACAGGACCUGAGUCUGAAGCAGACCGAGGAGGCGGACCGACAGAAGCGGAUCGGACACACGCAGCUCAUGAUCAAAGACCUGCAGAAGGAGCUACAGAACAUGGGCAGCAUGGAGGACGUCACGCCUCAGAUUGAGGCUGUUAAUGCAGAUCUGAGGAAAAUCCAGGAGGAAAAAGCCAAACUGGAGGGCGAGAUGUUGGACCUGCGCAGAGAUAAAGACGAAGCCUUUGGAGAAUUAAACCGUUUGCGGAAUCGUCAGAGGAGUCUGGACGACAUGAUGAAGGUGAAAGAGGAUAAACUGCGCAACCGUUUUCGUGACACCUACACCGCCCUCAAGUGGCUGAGGGAUAACCGUGAUCGUUUUGAAGGCAACGUCUAUGAGCCCAUGAUGCUGGUGAUAAAUGUCCGUGAUACUCGGCACGCAAAAUACAUUGAGAGUCACAUUCCUCUCAAUGAUUUGAGAGCCUUCGUCUUUCAGAGACAGGAGGACAUGGAGAAGUUCAUGACAGAGGUGCGAGACACACAGAGGCUGCGAGUUAACACCGUCAUUGCUCCAGAGGAGUCCUGCUCUAAACGACCACCAUCACGACCACUCGAGACUCUAAAGCCUUAUGGUUUCUUCUCAUAUUUGCGUGAGCUGUUCGAUGCUCCUGAGGAGGUCAUGAGUUACUUAUGCUAUCAGUACAAAGUCAAUGAUGUGCCUGUAGGAACAGAGAAGACUAAGAGCAUGAUCGAGAUGGUGAUAAGAGAGCUUCAGAUGAGGAUGAUCUACACAGCGGAGGAGAAGUACACUGUGAAGAAAUCCAACUACUCUAGUAAUGUGGUCUCCAGUAACUCAGCCCUGCGACCCUCACAGUUCCUCACUAUGACCAUAGAUGCAGAUGAGAGAAGCCAGCUGGAGGAGCAGCUGAGGGCAGCAGAGAGGCAGGUGCAGAGCAUUGAUCAACGGAUGGCAGCCAUUCGUGAGCAACAAGCUAAACUGGAUCGCCGUGAUAAUGAGCUGCGUGCUAACAAGAAGAAACUGUCUGAGCUGAAAGGCAAGAAGAGACAACUGGAGCAGAAAAUCAGCACAAAACAGGACAGUUUACGGCAGAUGGAGCAGAAUGAGAUCAACUUGCAGGCAAUUGAAGAGGAAACAAAUGCCAAGAUCGCUGCUGUAAACAACAAGAAAGUGGCCAUAAUGGAGGAGUAUUUGGGUCACAUGCAGAUGAAGGCCAGACUGAGUAUGGAUAAGGUGUACUUGGCUCUUCAGAGUGCCGGUCUCUCUGCUGAGAAAACCAAACUGGAGACGGACUGCAGGGACAGUUCAUCUGAACUCAAGCGAGCCGAGGUGGUGUACACCAAACUGGACCAGGCAAAGAACAAUCUGUUGGCCACGUGUAAGACCCUGAUGAGGAGGGCCAGUGAGAUCUGUAACAUGACCCCCGGAGAGACGGCCGUCCCAGAGGAACUACACAGAGCCUUCAGCCAGUUGCCUGAUACACUGGAUGAGGUUGAUGCCAUGCUGAAUGAGGAGAAGACCAGAGCCGAGUGCUUCACCGGCCUCAGUGAUGCUGUGGUGGAGGAAUAUAACAGACGUGAGCGGGAGAUUCAGAACAUGGAGAAGGAGCUGGACGACAAGACCAACGCUCUGAGAACCUACAGACAAAACAUUGCUGAGGCCAAAGAGCGCUGGCUGAAUCCUCUGAAGCGGCUGGUGGAGCAGAUCAGCGAGCGCUUCAGUGAAUUCUUUCGCUCCAUGCAGUGCGCUGGAGAGGUGGAUCUGCUCUCGGAGAACGAGGAGUAUGAUAAGUACGGCAUCCGCAUCCAGGUGAAGUUUCGCAGCAGCACGGAGCUGCACGAGCUGACGCCUCACCAUCAGAGCGGAGGAGAGCGCAGCGUGUCCACCAUGCUGUACCUCAUGGCCCUGCAGGAGCUCAACCGCUGCCCCUUCAGAGUGGUGGACGAGAUCAACCAGGGCAUGGAUCCUGUCAAUGAGAGACGAGUGUUUGACAUCGUAGUGCGCACAGCGUGUGGUGUGAACACGUCUCAGUAUUUCUUCAUCACACCCAAGCUUCUACAGAACCUGAAGUACGCGGAGCAGAUGACCAUCCUCUGUGUGCACAACGGACCCUACAUGCUGCCGCCCAACAAAUGGAGCGAGAAAACCUUCAUCAGAUGCGCUACACGCAGACAAAUCUCCUGAAGAAACUCAACUACAUGAGCUCGAGUUCUUGUUGGAUCACCAGUUCAGAUGAGGUUAAGUGCCUUCAUGUCAUAAAUGCAUAAAAAAUGUUUCCAGUUCUGAUUAAACAUUUUGUGUAAGGAGUUAAUAAAUGCAACAGUUUUUUUUUUUUUUAACAAGUCAGUGUUAAUUCUCACUAAAGGAAACAUCACUAUUAUUAUUAGGGUCAGAAAUGCAGUAUGAGAACUGUUUUACGCAGUAAUAUUACAUUUUAUUAAUGGUAAUAUUUCAAAAAAAAUUUUUUAUUGAAAAUAUAAGCUGAAAUUUACGCAAUUCAUAACUGAAUGUGACGAGACAAGAAGCAUUUUUCCAUUUUGUGUUUUCAACACAGUUGAACAAAUAAUACUGAAUGUGUGGCUACUUUAAAAUACAAAUAUUAUAUUUUUGUUGCCAUCACUCCACUUGCUUGUUUGGCUAUUAGUUUGUGUGAUGAUAAUGAGGAUUUUUCAGUGAGCCUUUAUGCAGGUUACAUGAACCGUCUUGACUUUGAGUGAAACAUUGAAUCAUUGACUCAACUGAUUUGUUCAAAAACAGAUUAAUUUAGGAAGGAAACACAUUUACAGUGCUAGUAUUACAUUUAUGUAAACGGCAGUAGAGUGCUGUCUUGAAAGCAUUGUAAUUAUUAGGCUCUGUGACGAUGUUUCCUUGAGUUAAUUAAGAAAAUGAUUAGUUAAACUCUAGUAAGAGUUAAUUAAUCGAAGCUUGUAUGAUACGGCCCUCUGGUGGCCAAAAAAAUGGAUAGCGCCUACCCAACUAACAUACAGCCUCUGGUUUCACAUCCGGCCCUGAAACAUUUUAAAUUCAUUGUACUGAUUAAAUUGUUUGGGUGUAUUGGCGGGAAAAUGAAAAUUCCUUAUCUCGCGUAAACUUGCCACAAUCCUACUAUUAUUGAAAAGACGAGUGUUGCCAUCAUUUUUGAAAGCAGUCACGUAGUUCUCGUGAUCAUAUCGGGUUGCCAAAUCCCCACAGGUUAAUUUACCAAAUUAUAUUUGUAUUGAAAUACAUAAUCUGCCAAAAUAAUUCUUCCUGAGCAAUUUUAUCUUUUGUAUUAUAAUUUCGGUAGUUUUGAAGGGGAAACAUAUCUGGCAACCCUGUGACACACUGCUAAUUCACCUGUUUUUAAAUUAGUUUAAUCGUUACAUUAUUUCGCAGAAAUAAAUCUUAUGCACAGAACGGACAUCUUUAUAACACCAUGACAACAGCACAGUACACAUUUUAAUGAUAUCUCUGUACAUAAUUUUAUUUACAUGAUACAAUUUCGCAGUAAUGGUGGGUAACAAGAUUAUAUGCGCAAUACAUAAAAUAAAUAAAGCUAGUUUGUACAAACUUGCAUAACUAAAAAUCUAAUCGGAACAGAUGGUUAGUUUUACUUUGUAAACUCACAAAGCUCUAAAAUAAAACAGCGCUGUGCAGCCAGACCUAAAAAAAAAAAAAAACAGACUGAGCCUCAAAUGAACACGAUGGCGACUAACUCACAACACUUGAGCAGGCGCAACGGGCUGAUUAUAUGACACUAAACAAUACCAUUAUUUCAUACCAGCAUUUAACACUCAAUACCCACUAAAAAGAUCAAUCACACACGAGAAAGGUGAAUUACAGAGCAAAAAGACACAGGAAAAGAAAAAAACAAGAAAUGGACUUCUAGUAUGCAGUCAACUGUAAAAUACUAAUUUCACUAACCAUGCAAAACACCCGCUUUAAACCCAACAAGCCCAUAAAUCAAAUUGGUGUCACAUUACAAUGAAAAAAAAAUAAUUUAAUUCACUUAAAUGGGGAAGAAUGAAUAAAUGGUUGUGUCGUUGCCACGUCCAACCUCAUCUGAACUUGACAGGGUAUCAUGGAUGCAGUCGCUCAAUUGAUCAUGAAGCAUUCUGGUCUGGCUGCAUUAAACCAUCCCAAUUGGAUUACUUAUUUUUCACAAAGUCUGUCAAUGGGUUAAAAAUCAUUUUUAACAGUCAAAUGACAGGGAAACCCCAGCAUCACUCUCGACAGCUGGAUAACUGCCACUGGCUGAUGCUCGAGCAGAAAGAUGGCUGAUGAAUGUCGUAAAGGCUGACUCGAGAAUGGCAGGGCCAAACAUUCGACCCGGAGGAAACAGAAGAGCGUCCAUCUGCUACAUGAGCCAGCCAUGCACUGCUGCUCUGACGGCGCUCGGGUCAGAGCCGUAACAGUCUUCAGAGUCCGACCGGGAGACACAUCACAGAGUAAACGAACAACAGCACGUCUUCCACUCAGAAACAGACACAUUAGGCAAAUGUCUCUGGCUUCACACCUUUUAUAGGCAUCCUUUUUUCCCCCCCCAUUUGUUUUAACUUGAAGCUCAUAUAACAGCAAAAGAAAGAUGGAAACAAAGUGAUCACUCAUGCAUUGGCUUAGAAACAAGAUUCUUUCCCAUACUGUAAUU